AUGCGAUCAAAUUUUCUGUGUCUUUCAUCUAUAUUAUCGCUAAUAUUGUUCUUUUCUAAAAGUGCAUCUUGCAACCAACAUUUGGAUUCGAAUAGUCGAGAAAUACUCGAACUGCAUGAAAAAUACAGACAGGAUUUAGUUGAUUGUAAAGUUGAUGGACAACCUCCAGCUAAAUAUAUGUCACCAUUGAAAUGGAAUUACAAUCUGGCUGCACAAGCACAAACAUUGGCGAACAAAUGCAUCUUGCAUUACAACACACGUCAUUCGAAACUAUUCAUUUCGGUUGGACAAAAUAUUGCUCUCCAUCCAACCAUUAAGUCAGGAGUAGAUGCUUGGUUCAAUGAGCACAAAUUAUACGACUACAAUCACAACGACUGUAUGGCAUGUUUGCACUACACACAAAUGGUUUGGGCCAAGACCACAGACAUUGGAUGUGGAGUUGCGAGUUGUCCAAAGUACGGUCUAUCAAUCGUGUGUAAUUAUGGUCCAGGUGGUAAUUGGAAUAAUGAGAAACCAUAUGAAGCGAAAUCACUUGAAUUGUGCCUAAAAGAGCAGAAUGUUCCUAAAGAGAGUUUUCAAACGACGCGUUAUGAUACACAGCGUGCACCAUUAUCAAAGGUGAAUAUCAACCCAAAGUUGUCAUCGACCGGUUCAAGUGGAAGUAGAGUUCACGAUCAUCGCCUAAAAAGUCAACAUAUUCCUGUGAAUAAUUUGCAACAUAAUCGUCGGAAAACACAGCGUAUAAGGGUGUCUCGAAAGAAAAAAAAUAAACAAACGUUUUCAAAGAGCGUUCGUGGUUGAACUGGUCUUGGCUAUGUACAACGACAGCAUGAUGGUGGAAUAGUACGAUAGUGAAGUUGAUAGAAUUUAUUCGGCAAAUAUAAUUGGUGCCUCCAUAUCUAUUACACGUAUCUGUUUUCAAUUUUGUUUUCAAUUCUGUAACCCAAAACCCUCUCUGAAUUUAUACUCAUUACUUACUUUCAUUGAUAU